AAAUGUUUGUGACUCAUAAUUUAUCAGAACAUGAUAUAACUAAACGUUGCAUUAUUUUACAAAAACGAAUGAUGAACUCAUGGUUUGAACGCUCGUCUUUAUCUGUUACUUGUAUAAUACCGUUUGUAGAUAUGUAAAGUUCGUUUCAAUUUUCGAGUUAGAAAAACAAAUUGUGGGUGACGUUACUCGUGUACAAGUUUUCCUCGGACUUCAUUUGUCAUUUGAACUUAAAACUGGAACAUCCUACAACACUAACAGCCUAUAAUGAUAUUUUCGUGUGGACUUGAGUGCCAGAACUUCGUAUGUAUCUCUUGAUGAUGGAUUCACGAGAAAAACAUGCUUUGUGGAAGGAAAGAGAGGCCAUAUCGGAAGACUUGACACCAAAAUAUAUAUUACCAAGUCUCGUUGCUGAUGGAAUAUUCUCUGAAGAUGAAAGAAAUGUUAUUUUAAGUGAGGUCAAGCGUGAAACACAAACAGCCAAACUUUUGUCUCUUCUUCUAAAGAAGGGCAAAAAAGCUUUCAGUAGUUUUGUUAAAGCUUUAGAAAGUGACGGAGCUUACCCUUGGCUUGCUAAAAAACUUCUCGCCUCAGUUGACAGUGAUAAAGUAUCAAAGGAUUUUGAUCAAAAUCUGUAUGAUGUAUUACGAAAGGGGGGUGUACCAUUUCAAAUCAAUCACCUCCUGCCAAGAAAAUCCCUCGAAAAAGAAAUACGACAAGCUCUUCAAGUGGUAUCGAAAGAGAAAAGAGGAUGGGUAGUAAUUCAUGGCAUGAUGGGAUCGGGAAAAUCCGUCCUUGCUGCAGAGGCCUUACGGUACGAGAUUCUUCUCUCAGAGUGCUUUUCUAAUGGAGUUUGGUGGAUUCCUGUGGGUAAUAUAGACUCAGCGGGACUUCUUGUUAAAAUGCAAAUGCUCUAUGAAAACCUAGAUGAAGAGUGUCAUCCUGUACCUGAGAGUAUAGAAAAGGUGACCACUAAGUUGAAAAAUCUUCUUCUGAAGUCUUGCUACGAAAAAAUCCUGUUCAUUUUAGAUGACGUUUGGAAUUCCAGCGUUUUACAAGCAUUUGAUGUGGGAUGUCCAGUAUUGGUUACGACUAGAAAUAAUAAUAUUCUGUCCUCAAUUAAUUCUGGACAGAAGAUUUUUAUUAAGGUUGAUGAAGGUCUUUCUGUUGAUGAAAGCAAACACUUGUUAGCCAUGUGGGUUAAUGCUGACGUAAACAGUUUACCGUCUUCUGUGGACAGAAUCUGUGAAAAAUGCAAAGGUUGUCCUUUAGUGUUGGUGAUGGUCGGCAGUAUGAUGGCUAAGUAUGGGAACAAGGAAAGGAGAUGGGAACAUUAUCGACAGUGUUUGGAAGCCAGAAACUUUGACCGUAUUCAGGAUAACUCGGGCGAAUCAAAGAAAACGUUGUAUGAUAUCAUUGAACUGUGUUUGUCUAACACGAUGUCUCCAGAGGAACGUACUUAUUACAGUGAUUUUGCUUUAUUCAUUGAUGAUGUAAUGAUCCCCAAUAAGGUUUUGGAAAUUCUGUGGGACAAAGACGAGUUCGAAGUGGAAGACAUAAUGUACAAGAUCUGCAAUAAGUCCCUAGCUCGUAUGGAUGAAGAUAAAGAAGGUGAUAGUUAUGUUUACAGCAUUCAUGACCUUCACCUUGACUAUCUCAAGAAUGCUUGUAAAGACUUGAAAGCAUUACAUACAAAACUGAUCAACAAGUAUCUGAAAAAGUGUGAAGCAAAUGGCAUGAACAUUCGCAACUAUGGCCUACUUCCUUCAGACGGGUACAUCCAUCAGUAUAUUGGUUAUCACAUUUACAAGGCUGAGAUGUUUCACCUCUUCCCUGAUAUAUUCUUGAAUCUACGAUUCGUUCAGAAAAAACUACACAUCUGUGGACCAAGUGUCCUGUUAAACGAUUAUGUUUUGUAUGGAAUGUAUUUUAAUACUUCAGAGGCUGUGAAGGAGAAACAAGACUUGGAAAAGUUUAUUCAAUGUAAUGCACACCAUCUCUGUGAUAGUACUAAAGACUUUAUUCAACUAGCACUGUGCCAACCCCAAGAAUCAACUGUUUAUAAAAAAGCUAGAGUAUUUGCUGAGAAAAGUGGGAAAAACAUGUACUUCAACUGGUGUAAUGUUUCAAGUAUCCGUAACUCUGCCAAGCUCUGUACUAAACUACAUCUCGGUGCUGUCCACUGUGCUAGGUUCAGUCCUGAUGGUACGUUUGUGGUUUCUGUUGGUGAAGACAAGAUAGUUCGGGUAUGGGACAUCCGGCUGGGAUUACAACUUCAUUGGUUUCAAGGUCACGAAGGGCCCAUAAAAUGCUGCUCUCUCUCAUCCACAGGUUUCGAAAUUGUCACUGCUUCUGAAGAUAGUACUGUCCGACUUUUCAGGCUAAACCCCAGUGUACUGAGAACUGAUAGCAUCAGAGAGGAAGAACCUUUACGUAAACGAUCAUCGAGCAGGAAGAAUAUCUUUCAAGAAGAUGACAGUUUUUUGGUCUUCAGGGAACAUGAAGGAGAAGUUAGAUGGUGCUCUUUUUCUCCAAGUGAUGAACUCGUCGUGUCUGGUGGAGUUGAUGGCAUCGCCAUGAAGUGGCAUAUGAGCCACAGAACCUCAGCCCGGUACACUAACCAUUUGGACAUGCUUGGUCCUAGAAGAAGGAGCUAUAAGGUUUGGUCAGCCAUCACUGGAAAAGUUUGUGUUUCUCUAACUGGCCACAUUUUUCCCAUCAAUUGUUGUUGUUUUUCUCCUGAUGAAAAACGUAUAGCGACCGCAUCCAGUGAACUCGUCGUUUUAUGGAAUAUUUUGUCUGGGACAAAGUUAUUAUCAUUUCCUCACAUGGAUCAUUCAGUAUUAUCGUGUAGGUUCAGUAAUGAUGGAAAACAUCUUAUCUCGGCUGCAGGCCCAUUUAUUUGGAAAUGGGAUCUUAUCAGUCAAAAGUUAAAGUGUCAGUACAACAACCUCAGAACUUCCUACUAUGCCAUAUGUUGUGUGUCUUCUCCUGAUGAACAGUACCUUGCUGCUGGGACUUCUGAUUGUGCUGUGGUCAUUUGGUCUGCAAACUCUGACCAGGUAGCUGCAUCGUUCAAAGGACAUGAUGAUCCGGUACAAACAGUGGAUUAUUCCUGUGAUGGAUCUAUGCUGUUGUCUGGAUCUGAGGAUGGAACUGUUAUGGUUUGGGACACGUCCCAAAAAUUUAAUACUUCCAUGAUUAGUUUGUCAACAGAAAUAUCAGUUCGAUUUCAGGACAACCAUCCUGUCAUAGCUGCUUCAGAUGAAAGCAAUAGUAUUCAAGUUAUAAAGGGUCUGAAAGGAGAGAUGGAAUACAAGACUACCUCUGAAGAAGAAGACAUUAGCUGUUGUAAUAUUUCCUUAGACUGUAAAUAUGUGGUUUAUGGUACAAAGAAGGGAUCAGUGAAAGUCUUACGUAGGCCAACAAAAAGUAUAAGUAACUUUCACCGCCACAGAAAAGCUGUAAGAUAUUGUGUCUUUACUGAAAAGGGAAAUCACUUCAUUACUUGCUCAGAAGAUUGUACACUUAGGGUAUGGCAGUUGAAAGGAACAUAUGUUUCUUGUUUUGGUCACCAUGGUCCAGUUUUAAUGUGCAAGGUUUUCAGGAAUGACUCAAUGAUACUGUCUUGCUCAGAAGACGGGUGGAUUCGGGUAUGGCAAUUAGAUACUGGCAGAUGCUUGAUUCGCUGUGAUGGCCACAAUAAACAGACAGUAACUUCUUGUGAUGUUUCUCGAGAUGGCACGUAUUUUGCUUCAACAUCUGUAGAUAAAACUGUAAAGGUUUGGAAAGAAGACAAUGGAAAGUUAAUAAUUGUGAAUACAAUAACAAGUAAUUCCUGCAUAAGAAGCUGUUGCUUUUCACCCAAUGAAAAAUUCCUUGCUUUUGGCGAUGAUGAUGGAGUGGUGCAGAUUGCAAACCUCGAUGCAGAAGGAAAACAACUGAAGAUAUUAGGGUCUCACACUAGUAACUGGGUGAAUGAUUUGGCCUUCUCUCCCGAUUCAAACUUUCUUGUUUCUGUUGCCAACAGCAUUAAGUGGUGGGACAUACGUAAAAAUCAACCGCUAUUGCAGACUUUUGAAGUGAGGGGUAGCUUUUUACGCUACGUCUAUCCAUCACCAGACUUUACGAUAUUUGUGAGUGUUGACAGUGCUGGUGUACUCUAUAACCUUCAACUGAUUAAAUCAUCUGGAUGAUGUGAGUCUAGAUGAAACAGAAAUUCCGAUUUUGUUUUGCUUCAUUUUUCUAAGCUGAAUAUGUUGCUUCUGAACACUUUAUGUGUUUGUUCAUGUUUUAUUUGUCCGUUAACAGUGAAAUGACCUUAAUCCAAAGAUAUGUAUUUAAAUGUAUUAAUUGUUACGAGUUCUCUCGUCUAGUUAAUACACCU